AUUUUGAAUGGCGACUGCGAGGUCCGACAAGUCGCGUGGCUUCACUCCAACCAACGCUCCUAAUGGUAACCCAACCAGCAUGUCGCGCUCAGGCAGUACAAUGAACAAGCAGAUGACAGCUGUAUCGGUGAACCCACCAGAACACAUGGUGUACCAGACACCCUUGGUCGGAAGGUACUCAUCGCCUGAAAUGUCGUAUAACUUCAGCGACCAUAAAAAGUUCACAACAUGGAGGAAAUUGUGGCUAUAUUUAGCAGAAGCACAACAGACGUUGGGACUCAAAAUCACAACAGAACAGCUAAAAGAAAUGCAUGAUAACAUUGAUAAAAUUGAUUUCGAGUUUGCGGCUGCCGAGGAAAAACGAGUGAGACAUGACGUAAUGGCACAUGUGAACACAUUUGGAAAAGUUUGUCCUAAAGCAGCGCCUAUAAUCCAUUGGGGUGCAACUUCGUGUUAUGUCGGUGACAACGCCGACUUGAUUUCGCUCCGAGAUGCCUUCGAUAUUUUGAUGCCAAAGAUCGCGAGGUGUAUUCAGAGACUGAGUGUCUUUGCUCAGAAAAACGCAGACGUGCCUUGCUUGGGGUUCACACAUUUACAGCCGGCUCAGCUAACUACAGUUGGAAAAAGAACUUGUCUAUGGAUCUCAGAUUUAGUUCAGGAUCUAAAAAAUAUGUUCAAAGUAAGAAACGAAAUCAGGUUCCGAGGAGUAAAAGGAACAACGGGAACCCAGGCUAGUUUCGUCUCGCUUUUUGAAGAAAACCCAGAAAAGGUGGACUUGUUGGAUAAGCUGGUGACGGAAAAAGCGGGCUUCUCUGACUCGUAUAUUAUUACUGGCCAGACGUACAGCCGCAAGGUGGACGUGGAUGUGGUGAAUACCCUUGCGUCUUUCGGCUCAACGGCCCACAAAAUGUGCACAGAUAUUCGGUUACUGGCCAGUAUGAAGGAGAUUGAGGAACCCUUUGAGUCCGACCAGAUCGGCUCCUCUGCCAUGCCAUACAAGAGAAACCCGAUGAGGAGCGAGCGUGUCUGUUCCCUCGCUAGACACCUGAUGACCUUAGUGACUAACACUCUUCACACCCACUCAGUUCAGUGGAUGGAGAGGACCCUAGAUGACUCAGCUAAUAGAAGAAUCACCCUCGCUGAAGCAUUCCUUACUGCAGAUGUAUUAGCUGCCACUGUUCAAAAUAUAUCAGAGGGACUGGUUGUGUUGCCGAGCAUGAUAGCUAAACAUGUGCAGCAGGAGUUGCCAUUUAUGCUGACAGAACAGAUCCUUAUGGACAUGGUCAAAAUUGGAGGAGCGAACAGACAGGAGGCACAUGAGAAACUGAGACAGCACUCGAUUGAAGCUGGUGCCAUGGUCAAGCAGAGAGGACUGGAGAACGACCUCAUCGCCAGAAUCAAAGGCGACUCCUACUUCGCACCAAUACAUGCAAGUCUGGACUCUAAGUUGGAUCCCAAACUCCACAUCGGACGCUGUCCCGUCCAGGUCCGAAGGUUCAUCGACUCUGAAGUGACGCCUCUGUUGAAGCCAUUCGCACAUCAGUUGGAAGGGAUAGCUGAGCUGCAUCUGUGACCUUGAUUGAAAAUGAGCCAAUUUUAAUCUAUUGUUUUUUCUUUGUGAGCUAAUUAAUCUGGCCUGUCUUUUUUUUCGAAAAAAAAUCAACUUUUGCGCCAGUUUUAUAAUUUGAACGGCAUUUGAACGCCCUAACUACUAAUUGAUUUUUAGAAUUCAAAAAUAGUUCUUGAUAUUAAUUUCUUUUAAGCAAGCCUGCUUUUUUAAAGAAACUUAGAGCAACUGUUAACGUGAAAUAACGUGCUUUGUUUGUUUUUGGUUGCUAUAUACCAAUUACAUGUGCUAAAAUCACGAAUCAUCAUUGACUUGAGACGUUAGUUAGUCCCUCGGAUAAGCUUCUCUUUGUAAAUAGAUCGACUGCUAUUUUUCUUGAUUUGUAUCGGAAUUUUCCUGCUUGUAACUAUUGUUCCAUAAUGAAUUGAUUUGUCACACUUGAUGAUCAGUUCGAAUAAAGCUAUUUUUUUUCA